GUAGUCGCCGGCUAAGAAUAGAACUACUAACCCCAAUUCAAGGUGUCAAGCGACCCGUGCUGAGGAAUGAGUGAUCGAGGGGGUGAAAAAGAUGCUCGAUCUUUAACGGAGCCUGUGGGGUACCUGGGCACCCCCCACAGUAAGCUGUCCCUUACCGCGUUAAUGCAGGGCUCUGGCGUGGUGGACAUUCUUUCCCGUGCUACUCGUGGGAUUUAAUCAUGAAGUCAAAUAAAAAUCAGAAUCUAGGUGGAAAUAGUGGUGGGAUCAACCCCUUCGCAAGAAGCGGGUUGAUGAGAUCUCCGACAAGGAGAAGUGAGGAGAUAGGCGCUGGGAGUUGCGUACGCAGCUCAAGCGUGGGUGCUCCAGUCCACUUCCCGGCAAGCCAGCCGGUGGAGGUUAUGGACGGAGCGUGGUUGUUGAGGGCCGUCAACCGAGGAUCCAAAGGACGGUCCGCAAUAGAGGUGGCUGAGCAGCAGCUUGGCAAAAUCAUCGACUUUGCGUCCACUAAGUCGAACAUAAGCAAGGACCUGAAAACGGCCUUGCUUCGACUUAGGGCGUCAAUCGACGAUGCCAAGCAGGAGCACGCGGCACUCGCGUUGCUGACUGCUGCAGCAGCGGAGCCUGCAAAUGAGAAAGUGCCGAAGUUUACCCAAACGGAGGCCUUCUCCUUCGCAGGAAGUCCGAAUAAGGCGGAAGCGACUGCUCGCGACAAACGGGGCAAGCAAUCGCAGAAGCGGGCGAGGCAACCGUCAGGCGAGGAGCUGUCUGGCGGUGCCCGCAAGGCCAGGCGAAUCAUUACCCCGAAAGUCGGUAAUAAUGCCGGAAGGUCGGACCCCAGCCAGGGUUCCCGGAAAGCUGGGAAGGGUGGGCCUGAAAAGGCUGGCCCGUCCCGGAACGAUGGGAACAAGGGGUUGCGACCGCUAGUGGGCCCUCAACAGCCACAGAGUAGGGCGAUCCAAGGGGAGGACCCCCCUUGGACGAAGGUAGAGCGGAAGAGGAAGAAGAAGGCGAAUCCGCAGGUAGUAGCGCAGGACGCCAAGCCAAGGCGUAGGAGGGCAGGUGCCAAGCGCGAGAAAGGCGACGCUAUCGUCAUCAAGACGGAACAGUCCAAGUACUCGGACGUCUUGAAGAUGAUGCGAAGCGAAGCCAAGCUUGAGGGUCUUGGAGCCGACGUACGCAGUAUUAGACGUACUCGUACGGGCGAGAUGAUCCUGGAGCUGAAGCGCCAGAAGGAGCACAAGGGCGCCGCCUAUAAGAGGCUGGCAGAAGAGGUCCUUGGUGAGGGUGUGCAGGUGAGGGCUCUGACACAUGAGGCGACUCUGAAGGUCAAGGACAUCGAUGAGAUCACCGAAGUGGAAGAGCUCGUCACGGCACUGCGGCAACAGUGCGAUGUGCAGGUGGCCGCCGCAGCCGUUAAGCUACGGAAAGGGCCAGCAGGGACACAGAUAGCUUUGGUUCAGCUACCUGUGGCGGACGUCAAAAAGUCCGUUAAAGUAGGGAGCAUAAAGGUGGGUUGGUAAACACUGGCCAUCUUAAAUGUCGACUUGGCUAAUGUCGGUACCAAGAGU